AUGAAGGCAACAGGUGCCUUAGUGCUUCUCAGCCUGCUGCUGCUCUCUUUCUUCUCUGUUCCAGAUGUAGCAGGUCAAGACAUUGAAGAGAUUUGUAAAGAGUUUGUAAACAGGAGCGUGUACUGCACGAGGGAGUCCAACCCUCACUGCGGCACUGAUGGCGUCACCUACGGGAACAAGUGUGCCUUCUGCAAGGCAGUGCUGAGAAGUGGAGGGAAAAUAAGAUUGAAGCACCUGGGGAAAUGCUGA